GAUUCAGGUUCAGGUUCUCUAACUGUAUAAAUAAAGAAGCACUUGCCGGAAACUGUAUCACUUUGCUAGAGGCCGUCGUCGCAGCAAGAACGUUCCACCACAAAUAUGAAAGUCCUUAUCCUGGCUGUGUGCAGCUUGGCUCUGGUAGCCGCUGAUGUCUCGCAUUUGUUCGGUCAUGAUCACCAUGAUCACCACGAUCAUCCUGGCUACAACUAUGACCCACCGAGCAUCCCCUUUGAGCUGCCCACUCCGGCUCCGGCUUAUCUGCCCCCGGAACCCGUGACCGUUCGUGUGGCUCCUGUGACCCUGCCUCCUCCGGUUUACUUGCCACCAGCGACCGUGAAGCCCGAGAUCCCGAUUGUCAGGACCCCCAAGCCCGCCUAUCUGCCUCCUCCACCACCAGUUGUCAAGGUCAACCCACCUAAGCCGGCCUAUCUGCCUCCUCCACCACCGAUUGUCAAGGUCAGCCCACCUAAGCCCGCCUAUCUGCCACCCCCACCACCGGUUGUCAAGGUCAACCCACCCAAGCCUGCCUAUGUGCCACCUCCACCACCAGUGGUGAAGAUCAACCCACCCAAGCCCGCUUACCUGCCACCUGCACCCGUGGUGGAGCAGCCCCGUUACGUCGCCCCAGCUGUGGUGCCCACCUUCAAGAUCCCGAUCCCAUCGUACGCCGCUCCCCUGGAGGAACCCGUUAACACCUAUCUGCCGCCCCAGAAGAUCGUGGAGUCCCAUGACGAUGGAUACCACUACGAUCCCCCGGCUCAGCCGUUCCUGUUCUAAAUAGCCAUCAUCCUCAGCCAUUUUUUAUUUGUUGUCUUUGAGUGUGACGUGUAUUUACCAGUAGUUAUUUAUUGUUUACCUAGCUCAGCCUGCACUAAAAACGAAAUAAAGCUUAGCACUGUGAAAACGUA